CUCAUGUGGUGUUGAGUUCGAAGCUGAUCCCAUUUUCCAGCCAUGGCUGCUGCCACUAUCUUUGGAACUGCGUGCUGUCUAAGAAGAGCAGCUCAGCUAUUUGCAAUCUCUCAUUCUCAUACUCUCCGCAGUAACGCCGCCCUCUCUUUUCAAAGGAACCUUUGCUCCAAUCUUCUCUCUGUUUCUACUUCUUCAGCUUCAGGUGUAAGCCAGACUGUACAAGCUUUAAAAGGAGACGUUGACUUGUUACUCAAGGGAGUAGGAGAUCGAAGUAUAACAAAAGAAGUGAAACAUAUUCUUGAGAUGGCUAGACGAGCAUCAUUAAAGCGAGAGAUUCUCCAUACAGAUUUUCUAACCCCUCCAGUGCUAAAGGAAUCUAUGCAAGUUUUGGAAAAAUUAGCAGACGUGAAAGCAAUUGCUCAAGGAGGUUAUCCUCAGGCUGAACGUUGUCGGAUUUCUGUUGGACAUCCAGAAGAACUGACCAGUGAUCCAGAUAUUAUUUCAGCAUUAAGCAUCACAGGGAACUUCCAGUUUGAACCUUGCUCGCAUGGUGACUUCCUUGGCUCAAUUCUUGGUACAGGAAUUGUCAGGGACAAACUUGGAGAUAUUAUAUUGCAGGGAGAGCAGGGUGCUCAGCUAAUUGUUGUACCAGAACUCGUUGAAUUUCUCAUGUCAACACUGGUUAAGGUUCGUAAUGUUCCUGUGUCUUGCACCAAGAUACCAUUAAUUUCUCUAGAUUAUGAACCACCAAGAACAAAAUCAUUCAAAACUAUAGAGGCAUCGCUAAGAGUGGAUGCACUGGCAAGUGCUGGAUUUAAGGUUUCGCGUUCAAAGCUAGUUGAAAUGAUCAGCAAUGGUGAUGUGCGUAUCAACUGGAUCCCUGUUACUACCAAAGGAACCACACUCAAGAGUGGGGAUAUUGUAUCAGUUAGUGGAAAGGGAAGAUUAAAGAUAGGAGAAAUAAACUCGACAAAGAAAGGAAAGUUUGCAGUGGAACUCAUUCGGUAUUUGUAGAAGUUUAGCAAGAGUUACCUUCACUAGGUAGUAUAAUUGUCUACAAGACAUAAUUUUUGGUGGGAAGCUUUGCUUGCCCUUAUGCAAGUAAAACUUGUGAAGAGAGAAAAAGUGUACAGAAAGAACAUUCAUCUUUGAAUAUUAUUACUCACUCCAUUUCAAGACUAUUGAUCUUCACUCUUAAGCCAAGGGAGAGGAUACCUGUACAAUUGUAUUUGAUAGUGAUUUAGAGCAUAUCAAGAAUCACUUUCAACUCAUGACCACAUUUUUCUUUUAAAUAAAUAUUUUCUCAA